AGCAUUGUCUGCACGCACGCACACAGCAGGGCGAGACUCGCCAGCACAAUUGUGUGUCAUUGGUUGAAUUGCAGGAAAAAGGACAAUUACAUGCAGCCACUUUACCCCCUACCAAGGACCCUCUUCCUCUCCUCCCUUCCUCCCUCUCCCUGUCAGUCAAUGCCCAGCGACACAAACAGGCCAGUCUGCCUGUCGAUGUGCCCCAGCUGUUGCCAUGCGAAUUGGCAGUCCUGGUCGCCCAGAUGCUCGUUGAAGCCCUUGACCACACCCACCACACCAUGGCUGGCCGCCUCGUCCAGCCGCGCCUUGUGCACCACCUCACGCAGCCCCAGACGGCCGGCCGUGUGCACCACAUGAGGCGGACGGCUGUCGGCCCCAUCAGAGACGGCGAAGCACUGCAGCGGCACGCGCACCAUCACGCCGCCCAGACUGCCCGUCACGCCCACCACCUCCCUGUUGCUGCUCGCAUGCAGCGCCGACUUGACGAAGUGGGUGACAGCCGCACGCACACGCCGAAAGAGGCGGCUGUUGCGUAGGGGGAUGCUCUCGUCGAUGGCCGCCAUGGCCGCGUCGAUGUCGAAGAGGUAUGAUGCGAUGCGCCAGGCGAAGACUGGCGCCUCCUGCGGGCCGACGGCCAGCCGGGGGGUCAGCAGGGCCGCGAGUGAGCGCUGGGGGGCGAGGGCGGUGUUGAUGGCCGACAUGACGGCCUCGGACAGCUCAUUCAGCACUGUCGCAUACUCGGCCAGCACCCUCCGUUGACAACGACGGUGCUGCACCUCGGUUGCGGUGGGCAUGCGGGCGAUGGAUGGGACCGCCCCGCCCCGCAGCAGCACACGGAUGACGGUCCUCUGCUCGUCGAUCCGGUCUGCCUCCCGUCGCUGGACGACCUCGUCGAGCGUCCUGGCAGCCUCUGCUAGGGGUGUCAGGUUGGCCCGGUUCGGCCUCCCUCUGUUGACGUCGUCGGCUGUCAGCUGGCGGCACAGCCAAUGAGCCACACAGGGAGAGCCGUAUCCGGCCGCCUCGUGCAGUGGCGUGCGGCCGAAGUUAUCUGUUGCCGUCAUGUUGACCCUGCGGCUGGUGAUGAGGGUGAGGUACUCGUCCAUGAAGAGCUGGGAGAAGGCAGUGUGUGUGGCAAAGUGCCUGGAUGCCUCAUGCACCAGAUUCUCUCCGCCAACGGACCGCUCGGCUGCGAGGGUGCUGUCGUGUUGGAUGAGGCGACGGAAGACCGACAUGAGGGCCGCCUCGUACUGGCAACUGACGGGGCGGGCAGCGUAAGGGAUGUAGGGAGGCCUCAUUACCCUGACUCCUCGCACGUUGGCCUGGCGCGACAGGAGGGCCUCCACAGCCGUCAGAUUGCCCGCACGAAUCGCCAUCUUGAUGGGCCUAUCCGUCGACCCCUCCGUCAGAUUGGGGUCCGCAUUGACGUCCGCCCCUCCGUCGACGAGUGCAUUGAUGAUGUCACGCUGUAGCUGACGGGAGGACCACUGCGGCAGGACGACGGGCACCUCCUUUGGGUAAUCAUCGCCGCGCGCAUAGAGGGAUGGGAUGUUUGUUGGGCUGUCGAUGGCGAAAGACAGGCAGCUGUAUCGACGGCCAGCGGUGCCUGCGGUGCCACGGACGCGCAGGCCGCCGGUGGCUCUCGGGUCGGCUCCUUGCUGGAUCAGCGACGUGACAUAGGAGGCCUCAGUGAAGCUGCGCCGAAUGCAGCCCUCCAACAGCUGCCCACUGACAGUCGUGACUCCCUCAUCGGGCAGGAAAUCGACGUCGUCCAGCCCCUUGCAGCCGGGCGACGGGGCGGCAGCAUGAGGUGCUUGCGACGAGGCAGACGACGGCUGGGCCAUCACGCAGAGUCACACACACCUGCAUACACAGACACAGACACACACAGUCUCUUAUUCAUCAUUCCCUCCCUCUUAAGGUGCUGACGCACCUCUCUCCUGGUCGGUCAGUCGACGGCCGCCGAUCACUCAGACAGACAGCAAUGCCAUCAGUCGGCCCUGCAUGCGUCACAGAAAGCAGAGUCACCCACGUGCUUGUCCAUCGUCGGAAUCUGCCCGCGUGUGCCUCGCCUCAGCCUGCGGUAUGUGCAAGUGAUCGCAUUCAACAAAACAGGCCCGGCCGAUGCCCUCGUGGUAACGCAUUUGCGUGCUGUAGCG